UAGCAGAAUUAUUUACGCUUGGCCGCUUCUCUAUGGGCCACUAAAGCGUACCGAGGUGUUGUUAGCGCGUCAAGUUCGUUGAAGAUUUAGUAUAGUUCGUUGCUUGGCCGUGUGCGGUUGUAUACUUUUGGAUAAUCGAAAUAGUAUACCAAUACACCAGUGAACAUUUUCGAAACUUAGAAAAAAAAAACAAAAAAAUUUAAAAGCCGUCAUCUAUACGAGCAUAAAUGAAGAGCGGCGUGCAAGGUGAAAAGCUAAUUAGCUCCAAAGUGUCAAAUGUAAAUGAAGACUGUGUGGAUUUUUUGAAAAAAAAAAAUUGGUGGCGCAAAAGCCGUGAUUAAAGCGAACACUUGGAUUAUCGCUCACGGUGAUGCAGCUGGAGAUUUUGAAAAAAUAAAAUAAAAUGUACGAAAAUUAAAAAACGAAGAAACAGAAAUUAAGCAGUGCUUAUUUUAUGAAAAUCUUAAAGCAGUUUUAUGAAAAAUUAAAUGAAUUUCGUGAUUUUAUAUGAAAACUGAGCAACAACAAACAAAUAUAUGUAUGUGCGUGUGAAGUAUUAAAUACAAGCAACUAUUUAACUGUACGAGCUGUCAAUGGAAAUGCGUUAUUAGACGUUUUAUGCCGAAAGCCAUUAAAAAUUACUAAUCAAAAAGUUAUUAAACAAUCGAAUUGUAUUGUAAUUAGUGACCAACGAUUGAAUUUCGCUUGCCUGCUGCCGUGGGAAAAGUUUGCCGUAAUCGACGAAUUGCAUGCUUAUUGAUAUUUAAUGUGCACGUGGUGAUACUGCUGAACAGUUGGAAAAGCAAUGGAACGCUUAUAAAACCAACCCAUUACACACGCUAAACACAACGAAUUAUUCGACAGCGCAUUGGAACGCAUCGCAACGACAACGAAAAACCACAACAGUCGUAGCGACUGUAAAUCAACAAAAAAACAACAACAAAAGUCACACACACACGCCCAAAAAUGUCGCGUUUCGAAAAUAUUUUCUUCAUUUCAUUACUUUACUUCUUGCUGUUCAUCGCCUCCACCCGCGGCUUAGCUAACUGUCCGCCUGGCUGCCAGUGCGAUGACAAUACACUCGUUGUACAGUGCGGCGAAGGCCAAUUGGAUGUGCUGCCCAUCGCACUCAAUCCGUCCAUACAACGUCUGGUGAUACGUAACAACAAAAUCAAGACCAUCGAUUCAUCAAUACAAUUCUACGCCGAGCUGACGUUCCUCGAUUUGUCUUCGAAUCACCUGAUGACCAUACCGCAGCGCACCUUUGCCUACCAGAGGAAACUGCAGGAGGUGCAUUUGAAUGACAAUAAGAUCGGUGCGAUCAGCAAUAAGACUUUCAUUGGCCUAUCGGCGGUAACGGUAAUGAAUUUACGCGGCAAUUUAAUUUCCGAGCUACAUUUGGGCACCUUUACACCGCUGCUUAAAAUUGAAGAGCUGAAUUUGGGAAAGAACCGCAUCGGCUUUGUGGAUCCCAAAGCGUUUGACGGUUUGUCACAGCUGCGUAUUUUGUACUUGGACGAUAACGCGUUGACCUCGGUGCCAGAUCCAGUAGUUUUUCAGGCUAUGCCUAGCUUGGCCGAACUCUUUUUAGGCAUGAACACCUUGCUGACAGUGCCGUCUGCUGCCUUCCAAGAUGUGCCCGCACUGACGCGCCUCGAUCUGCGCGGCGCUGGACUACGCAAUAUCUCGCAUGAUUCGUUCAAGGGCUUGGAAGAGCUGCGGCAGCUGGAUCUCUCCGACAAUAGGCUGACACGUGUGCCUACUUUUAGUCUCAGCAACAUGGUGCGUUUAGAAGAGUUAUCGUUGGGACAGAAUGACUUUGAAGUGAUUGUGGAGGGUGCUUUUGUUGGUCUCAAGCAGCUGAAGCGUUUGGACAUCAGUGGCGCACUGCGGCUAAAACGUGUCAUGAAUGGUGCAUUCUCGACAAACGGCAACUUGGAGUACCUCAAUCUGUCGUCGAACAAAAUGUUACACGAAGUGCAAGAGGGCGCACUCAGCGGACUGCCCAACAUGCGUCACGUUAUACUGAAAGCUAAUGCGCUCACCUCACUAGCGGAAGGCCUCUUCCCAUGGCGCGAUCUUAUGACACUCGAUUUGUCGGAGAAUCCCAUCUCCUGUGACUGCCGCGUGAUGUGGCUACGCAACUUGUUGGUGGAAAAGAAUGGCACAAAUGAUGCAAUCUCAGAAGUCUACUGCGCUUUUCCCGACCGCCUGCAUGGUGAGGCCUUACGCAAUCUAAACCCAACACUAAUGGGCUGCACGCACACCGAUCCCCGCAAGCAGGCCUUGAUAGGCGCGCUGCUCGUUGGCUCGGCGGCGACUUUAACCGCGCUGGCAUUGAUACUCUAUCGCUGUCGCCGCAAGAUACGCGAGUACAUCAGCAGCGGCGUGUGGGGAAACUCUGCUUUAGGGCGCAAGGAACGCGAGUAUCAGAAGACCUUCUGCGAUGAGGACUAUAUCACGCGCCAUCAGCAUCAUCCCUGCAGUCUGGGCAUACAUUCGACCUUCUCGAACACCUAUACACCACACCAUCCCGCUGCCGCACGUCACUAUGGCUUCUGCACCAUGCCCAUCAAUGACUUGAAUGCCCCGGAUGCACAGAAGAGUCUACAACAGCUGCAAGUACCCACCGCCACAGUGCUGAAUGAGAAGAAAGC